ACCCGUCGGUGUCAGGGUAACACGUGGGCUGUGGGCGCUGCUGAGAGUGUUCGCAAUCUGUGGCUAUAUAUCCGGGAAAACGAUAACACAACCGCCAUGAGAAGCACGAUGACCCGUGCGAGGUGGGCAAUAGUGGGUGUGAUGUGUCUUCUUGUUUUCCUGGUAACCAUGUCUCAAAGGAACCAGUUCAGACGUGUCGAUAUAUAUCCCUUACAGGCCAGAGACGAAGUAGCUCGUUUACAGGCGAGAGACGAAGAAGGCAAGUUACAGGAAACAGAAGCCCUGCAUUUAAUCGUCGUCUUUCCUCUUUUGCUAACGGACACGUGGAAAAAGCAAGGAUAUAACACGACAGACCUGCAGUUGGUGAAGAGGCGUGAAAAAGAAUACGUGGAUUCUUUGCAGAAGAAUAUUCAGCUACCAACGGUGUCCAAAAUUCACAUUUUCUCAGAUCAGCCUCAACUUCUGCGAAGAAAACUUACGUCUUAUGACGUCUCCGAGAGGAAACUACACUUUCAGCAAAGUAGUUCGAACCCGACCUACCGUGAUUUGUUUACAUAUGUGUCCGACAACCUUCAGCGACGACUCGUGUUUAUCGUAAAUGCCGAUAACUUUCUUGGGGAAGGUUUUGAUCAAGUAAACAUUUCUUGGUGGCAGACGAACCCGAAAACUUUGUACGCUCUGACGAGACACUCGCUCAAAACGGACAACAAGGAGUGCAAAAUGGGACCAAUUGGCUACUGUGAUGCAAAUGGGACGUAUUACGGCUCCCAUGAUGGUUUCAUGUUCUGUUUACACAAUCCUUUACCGCAGGAGUUCUUGAAAGAACUCGCCUUUCCGUCGCACGCCUGUGGUUCGGAAAACGUGGUUAUUUGGGCGGUUCGAAAGUUUCUGAAGUUCAAAGUCACAAACCCUUGUCGUCGCUUGGUCAUUUACCACAACCACUGCACGAACAUGCGGGCUCCGGAUUCACAACGUGCCAGGGUUAAUGUGGGUGGGAAAAGUGGGCUGGCGGAUUACUCGUGGUAAAAUGACCCUUAUCUAAGCAGUGCUACAUCUUAUGUAGGCCGCAGAAUAUAUUCUGUUAUUUCAGCAGACUAUUCUAUUACAUAUCUCACACAUAUUCAAUCAGUUAAAUAUAACGGUUACAUGACACUAACAGAUGUUGAAUAUGACACUAUGAGUAUUAUUGAGUAUUAUGUUACGAUAAUAGAAUAGAAUUCUAGCAUCACCCGGACAACAGAGUUUCUGUUAAAUUUACUUAAGUAUGCUGUGUUCUUACUAUAGACUUAAUCCUUGUUAAAAUAUUUAUUGUAAAAUAUAUGCUUCUGUAUAGAGAUUGACUUUACACCCACGAUAUUAGUCAAAAGUAGACGUGCAAAAUCCACGUUUAUAAACGUUUUGACGCCGGCUGCUCAUUAAUUAACUCCAUUAGACGAGCAAAAUCCACGUCUAUAAACAUUUUGACGCCCGCUGCUCGUU